AUGUGGGAUGCGAAGUUGAUGGCUAAAAACUUCGUUACGUGGACAUUGUCGGUGUGGUUUCGGUUAAGUCCAAAUUGGUGGGAUGCUCAACAAAACAUGCAAGUUUUGGGUGCUUCCACAUCAGUUUCUAAUUCAGAUGCUAUUCCACAGUUAAUCCCGUCGAUAAUUUUUUAUUUCUUCCUCUUGUUCUCGUUUUCGUUGACUUCUUUGGCACCAGAGGCACAAACACGAAGGGAGAAAAUGAUAAACCAUCCUGCCAUGGCAAAUAUGAACGCCUCUCUCACUAAUCAAGGAGGGCGCUCCAAAUAG